UAUGACUACUGUGUAUAAAAUAAAUAAGCUACAAGGAUAUAUUGUUCAACCCAGGGAACAUAGCCAAUAUUUCAUAAUAACUUUAAAGAGGACAGUCUGUAAAAAUUUUGAAUCGCCAUGUCAUACACCUGAAACUAAUAUUGUAAAUAACUAUGUAUCAAUUAAAAAACAAAGCCGCCCCACCCCCACACAGGGAAGGUGUUAAGCAGAUCACCCCCUGCUGGGCCACACCUGCAUCCUGCAUUUCAGCAGCACUUUAUUGGCCAAGCAGCCUCCAUUGUGAGGUAGCCCUGGUUUCCUCUUUGCCAGAGACAGAUGCCCACUGAGCCUGGGCCCACAUCCAGGCACUGGACCUCCAGUCCAAUGGUGCCUUCUUCCUCCCAGUUGCACUGUUCACUCGGCCCUAACGCACUAAGGGCUAAACUGGGAGGGGCUAAAAGCCGGGGUGAGUCCUGGAGUGAGGCUGGGCUCACCAGGGGCCCCGAGGAUCAUCCUGAGAUGAGACGCUCCUAAGUCCCCCGAAGCCAGGUGAAGCGCAUAGCCAGUUUCAGCUUCCCUCUCUCACCAGUGCCACAGCCCAGCACCCUCAGGAAUUAGGAGCCAGCAUCUCAGGCCUGCAGCCUUGGUUUCUCUGGAGAAAAACCCAUGGGAGGCUGGUUCCAGACUGUUACAGGCCUUCACCCUGAGCCCACCAUGUUGAAGAUAUCCUUGCUUGGAAGGAACUGCAACAGCAAGGUCAAGUCCUUGGAUGACAGGUCCCAGUCACUCUCGGAGAGUAGCAGUAGCAUCACUUCUGAGAGUGUCCAUCCAGCAGAGGAAGCCAAUGGAUUGUCGAUGAUGCAAACCUUGAUCCAUUUGUUGAAAUGCAACAUUGGCACAGGGCUCCUGGGGCUUCCUCUGGCCAUGAAAAACGCCGGCUUGUUGGUCGGUCCUUUCAGCCUGCUGGCCAUCGGGAUCCUCACCGUGCACUGCAUGGUCAUCCUGUUGAACUGUGCUCAUCACCUGAGUCAGAGGCUGCAGAAAACUUUUGUGAACUAUGGAGAAGCCAUGAUGUAUGGCCUCGAAACCUGCCCAAACGCCUGGCUGAGGACCCACUCGGUGUGGGGAAGGUACACUGUCAGCUUCUUAUUAAUCAUCACCCAACUGGGCUUCUGCAGUGUUUAUUUUAUGUUUAUGGCAGAUAAUUUGCAACAGAUGGUGGAAGAAGCCCACGUGACCUCCAACACCUGCCAACCCAGGAAGAUCCUGGUGCUGACCCCCAUCCUGGACAUUCGCUUCUACAUGCUGAUAAUCCUGCCCUUCCUGGUCCUGCUGGUGUUUAUCCAGAACCUCAGGGUGCUGUCCAUCUUCUCGACACUGGCCAACAUCACCACCCUGGGGAGCAUGGCUCUGAUCUUUGAAUAUAUCGUACAGGGGAUUCCAGAUCCCAGGAACCUCCCCUUGAUGGCAAGCUGGAAGACCUUCUUGCUCUUCUUCGGCACAGCCAUCUUCACAUUUGAAGGUGUCGGUAUAGUUCUGUCUCUCAAAAACCAGAUGAAGCAUCCACAGCAGUUUUCUUUUGUUCUGUACUUGGGGAUGUCUCUUGUCAUCGUCCUCUACAUCUGCCUGGGGACACUGGGCUACAUGAAGUUUGGAUCGAACACCCAGGCCAGCAUCACCCUCAAUUUGCCCAAUUGCUGGCUGUACCAGUCGGUCAAGCUGAUGUACUCCAUCGGCAUCUUCUUCACCUACGCCCUCCAGUUCCACGUCCCGGCCGAGAUCAUCAUCCCCAUCGUCAUCUCCCAGGUGUCAGAGAGCUGGGCGCUGUUUGCAGACCUGUCCGUCCGCACAGCCUUGGUCUGUCUGACCUGUGUCUCAGCCAUCCUCAUCCCCCGCCUGGACCUGGUCAUCUCCCUGGUGGGCUCCGUGAGCAGCAGCGCCCUGGCCCUCAUCAUCCCGCCCCUCCUGGAGCUCAUCACCUUUUACCCUGAAGACAUGAGCUGCGUCACCAUUGCAAAGGACAUCAUGAUCAGCAUGCUGGGCCUUUUGGGGUGUGUAUUUGGAACAUACCAAGCCCUCUAUGAGUUGAUCCAACCCGUCAGCCAUUCCAUAGCAAACUCCACAGGUGUCUAUGCAUAAUUGUCUAUUUUUAUGAUAAGAGUUCUUCCUUACUCCCAUCCCCCAUAUGACUCCUAUUGUGGAUGUUAUAUACAUUCAUCAAACCUCAACAUCUCUCUGUGAAUUAGUGGCUUCUUUAUCUUUCUGAGAGAAAUGUCGAUGACACAAGUCAGGGCUGAUAUCUCUCUUCUGGUUUGGGGAUUUCUCUGGAGGCCUUUUGUACCUCUGCACCAAAACCACAUUCAGCCAUUCAUUUUAUCAGCCUCAUUUAACAGGAAGAAGGAUGCCUUUUGCCCAUGAUAUCCCUGAAAACAAAGAUCAAGCAUGAAUAUAAGUACAAAAGUAGCUGUCUUCUCUGUUCUGCAGUAACUGCCCUGAAAGCACUGGGUUUAGAAAAGUACAUAGUGGGGGAAGAGGAAUUUCUGUUUAGUUACAGGCCUAAGUGGGAAAGUCACAGAACAAAAAUGGAACUUAGCAGUAAUUUCGUCUAACAUUGCCUCUGCCACUGAUUUCCUGUGGGACCUUGAGCAAGUUUCUCCCCAUCUCCAUCUCACUCUCCCAUUCUGUGAAAUAAAGGAUUGGACUAACUGGCUCUUAAGGAUUUUUCCAGCUUUGACAUUCUCAAACCCCAACAAUUAGAAAACAACUUAAUUUUUUUUAAUGGGCAAAAGAUAUGAAUGUACUCAUCACCAAAGAAAAUAUAUGGAUGGUAAGUAAGCAUAGGAAGAGAUGUCCAACAUCAUUAGUAAUUAGGGAAAUUCAAAUUAAAACCAUGAUAAGAUGCUACUGUAUACCUUUUAGAAUGACAACAAUUUUAAAGAGCGACCCUACUGGUAUUUGCAAGGAUAUGGAGGAACUGGAAUGCCCGUAUUCUGCUGUUGUGGAUGAAAAUGGUGCAACCACUUUGAUAAACAGUCUGAUAGUUCCUUAAUUCCACACACACCUACCAUAUGAUCCAACUCUUCUACCUUAAGAUAUUUAUCUGAAAGAAAAGGAAUUUUAUACCUAUAAAAAGACAUGUAUACACAUGCUUAUAAUAACUUAAUUUGGAAUAGCAAAAAGUGGGGAAAAUCCCAAAUGUCCAUCAACAGGUGAGUGGAUAAACAGACUAUGGUAUAUCCAAGCGGUGGAAUACCAUUCAGCAAUUAAUAGGAACAAACCAUUGAUGCACACAGUAACAUGGAUGAGGAGUUCCCCUUGCAGCUCAGCAGUAACGAAUCCACAUCCAUGAGGAUGU